CUUCUAGGGCGCUCCUACCCACCCUGUCUCCACCCCUUCUCGGACCUAAGCAAGAUCUCCCUAGCAGAUCUAAAGCUGGACACCCACCACCACGGCCACUACCUCCUUCUCCGCACAUUCUGCCAGCCUCUAGGGGUGGGAAGCCCUUUGCUAGCCGCUAUAGAGGAUGAAAGAGGCGGUGUGGAUAGGCUGGCAUGCUUUAAUGUCAAAGUGGCCUUAAAGGCUAGUGACGUGCUGCCGGAGGGUAGUGUGGUGGGUGUCAAGGAGCCUUACUGUUGCUUAGGGCCAGAUGAGAAGUGGUUGGUUAGGGUGGAUCAUGCUUCUGAUCUUGUUGUGCUGGAGGAAGAACACGAGCUCUAUCCUGAGCAGUGGAAGACUGCUAGUCCUAAGACCGCCAUGGCUUGGAAGCUUGAGGGCAAUGCUGCUUUGGCUAAGGAAAAGUACUUGGAAGCACAUAGAUGCUACACUCGCGCCCUCGCGGCUACAGAAGCAGACGCAGUCGAUCUCAAGCGUGACAUCUAUCGCAAUCGCACCCAGGCCAGCCUUCGCUUGGGCCGCUACGACGCAACAAUCUCGGACGCGCUCUGGGCGCUGACCAACGGGCAAGACGAAGCAUCUAAGAUCAAGAAUUCUAAAGCACACUUUCGCCGUGGACUUGGCAACUACCGCUUAGGUCACUUCUCCAGCGCUCUAAGAAGCCUCAGCCAGGCUCUCGAGCUUUCUCCUUCGGAUAAACAGGUGAUUGCCGAGAAAACAAAGACGGAGAAGCGCCUCGGGGAGCAGAACGAAGGAGUGUACGACUUUGCAGAGAUUAUCGAAGAGGUGACAAAGAAUGGCUUCGUGGCAGACCGAGCCAGCUUCACGUCCAAGACAGAAGUGCGCGAGUCAGCCGAGUAUGGCCGUGGACUCUUCGCCACCCAGGCAAUAUCCAUGGGCGACUUGAUCUUAUGCGAGAAGGCAUUCGUCGUCGCCCACGAAACCGUCUCAGGCACCAAGAAUUCAUCUCCCGCACUCUGGCGUAGCUGCAUCGAGAAGGUGACAGAUAACCCAUCUUUGGGCAGGGGACUGUUCAACUUGUACGCAGGAGAACCAUUGCCCUCCACGCCCACCUCCAUCCCCAUCAUAGAUGGCAAACCCGUCGUCGACAUGAUGAAAAUCAGCGAGAUCCUCAAACACAACAUCUUCAGCUACACCGUCGGCCGCGAAGCACGCCCCUACGGCACAUCAGCCAUGACCACAACCCACGAGCCCAAAUCACUGGCUCUGUUCCUUCGAGCCUCACUAGCAAACCACAAUUGCCUAUUCAACACUAAGAGAAGUUUUAUCGGCGACUUGAUCAUCUUCAGAGCUACGAAGGACAUCCCCAAAGACGCUGAAAUCACCAUCGCUUACCUCGAUCCUGGAGGCGCGGACAAUGACCUGCUUCAGGAUACUUUGUUCAAGAAUUUGGGGUUCAGAUGUGGUUGUUUGGUUUGUCAGACAGAGGCGAAGUGUACGACUGAUCGCAAGAGUUUGGUCCAGACGGUGAGAACAUUUCUGUCUUCGCAGAGAGUGGGACCGAUGUUUGUGCGACAGGCGGAAGCUUUGGCGGUGGAGCUUGAAAAGGCUUACGCCUUGCACUUGUCGCUGGGACUGCCUUGCGUGGGUGUCUCGCCGAUAUGGCAGUGGUUGUGUCAGGAGUAUUUCUUGCUGGGCGACAGAGACCACGUUGAGCGCUGUGCGAUGAAUGUUCUCAAGGUCCAUGGCUACAAAGUCGAGAUCGAGGGUUCCAAGGUGAGUCUUGAUGCUACCUAUGGAUUCCCUUCGAUGGCAGUCGUGGGCGCAUUGUCGUUCCUGAGUAGGAUGUACGAGAGGGAUGGAAAUGUCGCUCUCAGUCAAGAGUUUGAGACCUUGGCCAAGACGGUGUACAAGAUCGAGAAUGGUACUCCGAUUGGGUAUGAUUUGAGGUACUGA